UACUAUAAAUUAUGAGCUCAUACUUCUCUCCCGAAUGGAGGGAGUAGUUGUCUUCUUUGGUCGCGCGCUCCGGUGCACCGCUCGGCGAGCUCUCCCUUCUUGCUCUCCUGCGCGUUUCCACGGUGCAGGCUACUCAAAAAUGGCCGAGGUGACUGCAGAAAAUGGUUACAAUCAUAUCACUCGUGUGCUAUUCUGCGGUUUUCAUUUUCCUGCUUCUCAGAAUUACACAAGGGAAUAUUUGCAGAAAUAUCCAUUUAUUCAGGUUGAUGAUGUAGCUCUUGAUGAUGUGCCUGAUGUUAUUGACAAAUACCAUAUUUGUGUAGCGAAAAAUCGACGUCUGGACUCAAAAGUUAUUGCCAAAGCAGUUCAGAUGAAGCUUAUAAUGCAGUUUGGUGUUGGGUUAGAAGGUGUUGAUAUUGAUGCUGCCACACAACAUAAAAUUAAAGUUGCAAGGAUACCUGGAAGUGUAACUGGAAAUUCUGCAUCUUGUGCAGAAAUGGCAAUAUAUUUGAUGUUGGGCCUUCUUCGGAAGCAAAAGGAGAUGGAUGUUGCUGUUAAGCAGAAAAAUCUGGGAGAGCCAAUUGGGGAUACAAUACUUGGGAAGACAGUCUUUAUCCUUGGAUUUGGAGCUAUUGGAGUUGACCUGGCAAAAAGAUUGCGACCAUUUGGUGUAAGAAUCCUUGCAAUUAAAAGAAGAUGGACAUCAGAUUCAUUGCCAGCUGGUGUCUUAAAUGCUGAAAGUAAUGGGAUUGAUGGCCUGAUCGACAAGAAAGGUGGUCCAGAGAAUAUGUAUGAAUUUGCUAGUGAGGCUGACAUAGUUGUCACCUGCUUGACGUUAACCACUGAAUCAGCUGGCAUUAUUGAUGAAAAAUUCCUCUCACAUAUGAGAAAGGGUUCCCUUCUGGUCAAUGUCGCUCGAGGAGGUCUAUUGGAGUACAAUUCUGUGCUUCGUCACCUUGAAUCAGGACACUUAGGUGGUCUAGGCAUUGAUGUUGCUUGGACUGAGCCAUUUGAUCCCGAGGAUCCGAUUCUAAAGUUUCCAAAUGUUUUGAUGACACCUCAUCUUGCAGGGGUUACUGAACAUUCCUAUAGAACUAUGGCGAAGGUUGUUGGUGAUUGCGCGCUUCAGCUUCAUGCUGGCAAACCAUUUUCCGGAAUAGAGAUUGUGAAUUAGAUGGUAGAGCUCGGUUAUGAUCUAGGAAAUAAGAAAAGAGUUCAGUAAGAGAAGGAUCUACAGUGCCAUUUGACCAUGUUCAGUCAUUCAUUUCAAACAUAGAUGUUCGAAACAAACUAUUUAAUAAAUCUUAGGAUGGUUGAUAUGGGACAUCCUGCACUAAUUUUGAAUCUGCUUUUCAUAUCAUUGUGCUGGCAUUGGUACCAGGAUGCCUCUUGUAAGGAUGGCAGAGUAAUGUGAGACUUAUCCUUGGAUUGGUACA